ACAAACUAUAGUUAGGCUGUCUGGGGGCAUGCUGGGAAUUGUAGAUCAUUUUUCUGUCUAAACAGACACCAGAUUUCACGUUCCAAAGUUGGGCAGAAUAAGACAUGUUCCUGCUUCACAACUGCUGCUGCUGAUCAAUGAAGACUGACUGGGUUAGAUUAGGGACGGAGAACCCCCGACCGGAGCUUCUCAGGCGGCCCUUUUCCAUGGCCCCACUACUGUGUGGUUUCCUGGCUUUUAUGCAGUUUUUCCCUCCAUCUCAAAGACUGCAGUGUGUUUCCCAAGGCGGAGUUUCUGGCAGAAGGAGCUGCAAAUUAUGGCAUGCCAGUAGUGUCCAUGUUUGUGACCUCACCCCUUUGGGAUCAGAUGGCUUCACACACUGAGGUGGGGAUGAGGACUGCUAGAGGCUGCUGCCCCCAUGCAACUCUGCCCCACCCCAUGCUCUUAAGUAGGAUUCAGAAGCAUGGUUAAGACCAGGCAGCUCAGUUCAGUCUCCUUUUGGGGUCACAUUCAAGUUGAUGAAAUCCUGUUUCGUUUUGUGCUUUGCCUUAAGCCCUUUGGAUGGGGCAGACUGUCAGUCUAGCUGAAUGAAUCCACUCUGGCUUAACAUGCAAGGAUUUCUGUGACCCUUAACUAGUCAGGCUGUCAGAGGUAGGUCUUAUGAGUGCUAGGUCCUUACUGCUGGGUGGGACAGCUUGCAGCUCCAAAGCAGACCUAAAUAUUUUUCCCCCCAAAUUUUCUAGGCGCCGCAGUAAAUGGGACCAGCCCGGGCCAUCUCCAGCUCUUUUCCUCCUUCCUGCAACCACCCCCGUGGCCAGCCGUCCUGUUCAGGGCAGCGGAGACAGCGUGUCGGGGAUGUCAGGAUCCGAGGGUUCAGCAGCUCCUCUGGGCGCACUCGAUGCGGCUGCUGCCGUGGCAGCCAAAAUCAAUGCCAUGUUAAUGGCCAAAGGGAAGCUGAAACCGACGACCAAUUCAGCAGACAAGCUUCAGUCUCCUGGAAAAGGCCCAGCUGCAAGCAAAAGCAAAGACGACCUUGUCGUGGCAGAAGUGGAGAUCAACGACGUGCCCCUGACCUGCAGAAACCUCCUCACAAGGGGACAGACGCAGGAUGAGAUAAGUAAGCUGAGCGGUGCCGCGGUCUCAACUCGCGGGAGGUACAUGACUGCAGAAGAGAAAGCAAAAGUCGGGCCCGGAGAUCGUCCGCUGUACCUGCACGUUCAGGGGCAGACGCGAGAACUGGUGGACAGAGCCGUAAACCGGAUCAAGGAAAUAAUCACGAAUGGCGUCGUCAAAGCUGCCACCGGCUCCAGUCCCACGUUCAACGGCGCCACCGUGACAGUCUACCACCAGCCCGCUUCCAUCACGCAGCUGCCGCCUGCUGUGGGCCAGAAGCCUCCGUUCCAGUCCGGGGGGAUGCACUACGUCCAGGACAAGCUCUUUGUCGGUUUGGAGCACGCGGUCCCCACCUUCAACGUCAAGGAGAAGGUCGAAGGCCCAGCCUGUUCCUACCUGCAGCACAUCCAGAUCGAGACGGGCGCCAAAGUCUUCCUGCGGGGAAAGGGUUCCGGUUGCAUUGAGCCUGCCUCCGGCCGGGAAGCCUUCGAGCCCAUGUACAUUUACGUCAGCCAUCCAAAACCAGAAGGCCUUGCAGCAGCCAAAAAACUCUGUGAGAACUUACUACAGACUGUUCACGCUGAAUAUUCGCGAUUUGUAAACCAGAUAACUACAGCAGUGCCCAUAACAGCAGGAUUCGCUCAGCCCGCGGCGAUCGUGACCGUCCCGCCUCAGCCGCCGUAUUACCCGCCCAACGGCUUCCAGGCCGGCUACCCCGUGGUGCCACCGCCUCCGCAGCCGGUGCAGCCCCCCUACGGAGUGCCGGGCAUCGUGCCUCCCGCCGUCCCGCUGGCUCCAGGAGUGCUGGCGCUGCCCACCGGCGUCCCGCCAGUUCCCACCCAGUACCCCAUCACGCAGGUGCAGCCGCCUGCCAGCACUGGCCAGACACCGCUGAGCACCCCUUUCCUGCCCGCCGCACCCGUAAAGACAACUUUGCCCGCCACCGCACAGCCCCCAGUGCAGCCUCAACCUCAACCGCAGCCGCAGCCGGGCCAGAAGAGGCGGUUCACGGAAGAGUUGCCGGACGAGCGCGAGUCUGGGCUGCUGGGAUACCAGCAUGGACCCAUUCAUAUGACUAAUUUAGGUACAGGCUUCUCCAGUCAGACUGAGAUGGACGGGGCAGGUUCGAAGCCAGCAAGUUCCUCAGGAAAGGAGAGAGAGAGGGACAGGCAGCUGAUGCCUCCACCCGCUUUACCAGUGACCGGAAUUAAGUCAGAGGCUGAAGACAGAAAUGGGUCCUUACUGGGCGGCCACGAUCAUCCAGCAAAGAAGAUGAAAACAGGAGAAAAGGUAUUUGGGCUGGUGGCUUAUGCCGGUGACUCCUCAGAUGAAGAAGAAGACCAUGGUGGCCAUAAAAGCGCAAGUAGCUACUCACAGACAUGGAAUUUAGGAUACCAGUAUCCUUCAUCACAACAACGGGCUAAGCAACAGAUGCCAUUCUGGAUGGCGCCGUAGCUGCCUGCAGCCAAAACCUACAUCUGUCGUUUCUCACAAGCAAUAACGCAUGUAUAUUAUCAAACUAUCUCUGCAAAAUGUCCAUCAUCCCCAACCUGGCCUCUUUGCACAAGCUUUUGAGAUGCAGUAUGCCCCUUCAGUGGCUGGAGCUCUUUUCUUCUUCUUUAAAGAGAAAAAAAAUACAGAAUUCGCUAUUUCUGUGGUGGACUCGGCUGUCACAGGCAACUUUGAAAUCACAGGCUUCUCGGAACACAAUCGCAGAUCUCUGUGUUGGCAUCACACUUGCAGUGAAAGUUUGUCUCCUCCCUUCCCCCAUUCCCAGGCUUAUCAUGCACCUAGUCUUGGCUUUGGAAGAGGAGGCAACCAAGCAAGCUAACGUAACCUGCUGUUUGUAUUUCUGGGUUUGUUUUUUUUACUGGAUUUUAUUUUUGUGUGUGAUGUUUAGGCUUCUGAUACAGAUGAGGUGGGGGUGGGGGGGCAGAGCCUUGGCCAGAAAACCUCUCAAGAAUCACUUUUUAAAAGAAACUGUUUCUGUUAGUCAUCUUGGGCUCCCCUUUUUAAAACUUGAAUUUGCAGCUUCCAUGGCUGCAAGCACAGUUGACCCUGUUCGGAAUUACUUUGGCUGGCAGGUAUAUUUCUGACUCGCUUCCUCCCGCACUUGCCUUCGCCAAUUCCUAUUCUUCAGGCAACAGUGUUUGGCACUCCUCCUGAUCCACAUGCUGUGUUUUCUCCUGUCAUCCUUGGAUCUCCGACUGGCCCGCGUGGAGUUCCUUUCCGCAGCAAUGGCAUCAUUACAAUCCUCAUUUUGUUCCAAAUCCCAGCUCCAACCAAACUUUGUUUCGUGGCUGUUUGACCGGAAGAGAUGCAUCGACGUGCUUAAGCUUGUCAUAACUGAAGAGAUCAAACUCUUGGGAUCGUUUUGUAGUGAAUCAAAACUGUGGCGGGCUUUUUUCCAAGCCUGUUAAACGACGACCAAGCGAACAAUUUCUGCACAGUGAAGUGUGCAUUGGCUGGGGGUGGGGUGGGGUGGGGGUCCAUAGAUCCUGAAUUUUUUGCUAUCUCUGUUCAAAUGACAAGUCGAGUUUGAAGUAUUGGAAAAAAAGUGUUGGAUAUUUUUCCCCACAGAAAGUAUCUAUUUGGCAGACCUUGCUUACUCGUUAAACAGUGAUACCAACAACCCAGUUCUCCAAUUUUCUACAUGUUGUAAAUAAAUUAAACCAUAAUUUCAUGACGAA